CCCAGUUCAUGGAAUGAUUCCCAGUUUGCCGUCCAGGGCAUAGUUCGCGGUUUCCCCCCCCCCCACCAAACUAGCUUUAUCUAUCUCUCCCAUUCCAUUUCUCCGAGAUCGAUAGCUGAUUAGAUCCUCGCCGCGCUGUCAUUCGCCUCUCCCCCUUGCAUCGUCCUUAUUACUUGUUCUAUCUAUAUUUGAGAAUGUCCUCCGAACAAAGGACGACCCCUGCAAAUAUACCCCGCGACCAGCCUGACCCGGUUCUAGUUGGCCCGGGCGUCAAAGUUCUAGGUGAAGAGGCUUACACCAAGGCCUCAACUGCCACCCCUAUUCCGGGUGGUGAGAAAAUGCAAUCUUUAAUUACGGAUGCGCCUUCGUACUUCUCUGCAAUUCCUAGCGAAAAGAUGUCUUCAGAGUCGUCAAAUACUACCCCUACCACUCCUGCUCAGGCUGCCAAGGAUGCGAGAUCGAGAAUUGAACUCUUGCGUCGUUUGAGUCUGAGGGAGACGCCCAAAGCGCUGGAGGCAGAUCUACGUCAACAACACCCAGGCUUGCGUCUCUCUGGACGAAUCAUUAGCGCCGCCUUCUGUAUCCCAUACAAAGUUUACUAUCGGCGGGAGUCUUGGGAGCUCAAACCCCGUCCGGGAACCUCGGCACUAUUCGAUUCUUUGGCAUAUCUAGGUUCCGAGGAGACUAAUUGGUCUCAUACACUCGUUGGUUGGACCGGCGAAGUAGAACCAGUCCCGGAGGACACGGUGCCUUUGCAGCAAAUCCCCAUAAACACGAGUGCAAAGCUGCCAGCUGCGGCAAAUGGUACAGCAAAACCCCUCAAUAAGGCAGCAGCACCUAUACCUGUGGACGCCAAUCAACGGCCACCUAGCCAUCCUCUCCUAGAUGGUCUCGCAGUCAGCCAGGACGAUAGAAGUCGACUAGAUGCGCAGUUAAGCUCCGGGCGGUACGGUAAAAUCGUCCCCGUGUGGCUGUCGGCUGAGACAGAAAUCCCCCAGGAUACAAUCUCCUUGGAGGAUCAAGGCAGAUGGAGGCGAUAUGCAGAAAGGGAGCUGUACCCUCUCCUGCACUACAAGCAACAUGGCCCCACAGAUGGCCGAUCCGAACGCAACUGGUGGGCGGAUUACGUACGAAUGAAUCGGCUAUUUGCAGACCGGAUUCUGAAAGAAUAUCAGGAAGGCGAUAUUGUUUGGAUCCAUGACUACCAUCUUUUCCUUUUGCCCAGUAUGUUGAGGCAGCGGAUCCCAAACAUUUACAUUGGCUUCUUCCUACAUGCCCCAUUUCCCAGUAGCGAGUUUAUGCGCUGUCUAGCUAAGCGAAAGGAGGUGCUUACCGGAGUAUUGGGUGCGAACAUGAUUGGAUUUCAGACUUUCUCGUAUUCCCGUCAUUUUUCAUCCUGCUGCACUAGGGUGCUCGGAUUUGACUCCAACUCCGCCGGAGUUGAUGCGUAUGGUGCCCACGUGGCCGUGGACGUCUUCCCUAUUGGUAUCGAUGCCAUGGCAAUCCAGAAUAUUGCCUUCGGUUCCUCUGAGAUCGAGAACGCUGUGACGGGGAUACGCAAGCUUUACGCCGGGAAGAAGAUCAUUGUCGGCCGUGAUCGGUUGGACAGUGUCCGUGGUGUGGCUCAGAAGUUGCAAUCGUUCGAAGUGUUCCUGGAGCGGUACCCUGAAUGGCGCGACAAGGUGGUGCUUAUCCAGGUCACCAGUCCGACCAGUGUCGAAGAGGAAAAAGAGGAGAACAAAAUUGCAAGUCAGAUAUCCAAUCUUGUUUCGACCAUAAACGGCCGCUUUGGGUCUUUGAGCUUCUCACCCGUCAAGUAUUACCCGCAAUACCUCUCCCAGCAUGAGUAUUUUGCCUUGCUGCGCGUGGCUGAUGUCGGUCUGAUUACCACUGUUCGAGAUGGCAUGAACACGACUAGUUUGGAGUAUAUCAUCUGCCAACAGCAAAGUUACGGUCCUUUGAUCCUCUCCGAGUUCUCAGGAACUGCUGGGACCCUCUCAAGUGCGAUCCAUAUCAAUCCGUGGGACACGGCAGGUGUAGCUGGAGCCAUCAAUCAGGCCUUGACGAUGUCCUCUGAUGAUCGAAAGGCAAGCCAUCAGAAACUCUACAAGCAUGUUACAACAAAUACAGUCUCGGCUUGGUCCACACAAUAUCUCUCGCGUUUGUUGACCAAUCUUUCUUCGUUUGACCAAUCUGUGGCGACUCCCGCCCUCGAUCGAGCCAAGCUAUUAAAGCAGUAUCAUAAUGCACGGAAGAGGCUUUUCAUGUUCGACUAUGAUGGCACACUUACCCCAAUCGUCAAAGAUCCACAGGCCGCUAUACCAUCCGACCGUGUCUUGCGGACUAUCAAAACCCUAGCCGCAGACUCCCGUAAUGCAGUAUGGAUCAUCAGUGGGCGCGAUCAAGCCUUUCUCGAUGAAUGGAUGGGUCACAUUCCUGAAUUAGGAUUGAGUGCCGAGCAUGGUUGCUUCAUCCGGAAGCCACGCUCGGACGACUGGGAGAAUCUGGCCGAACGAUCGAACAUGGGAUGGCAGAAGGAGGUUAUGGAGGUAUUCCAGCACUACACCGAGCGAACUCAAGGUUCAUUCAUUGAGAGGAAGCGGGUUGCUUUGACAUGGCAUUAUCGGCGUGCAGACCCUGAGUAUGGUGCGUUCCAGGCUCGUGAGUGUCGAAAACAUCUAGAGGAGACUGUAGGUAAAAGAUGGGACGUGGAAGUCAUGGCAGGAAAGGCCAAUUUGGAGGUUCGUCCGACGUUUGUCAACAAAGGGUUCAUCGCAAGCCGACUAGUCAACGAAUACGGGACUGGCCCUGGACAGGCUCCUGAAUUCAUCUUUUGCUCAGGGGACGACUUUACUGAUGAAGAUAUGUUUCGAGCCCUUCAAAAGUUUGACCUCCCACAAGACCAUGUCUAUUCCGUAACCGUCGGUGCUAGUUCGAAACAGACUUCUGCAAGUUGGCAUCUGUUGGAGCCAGCCGACGUGAUUGAGACUGUUACGAUGCUCAACAGUAGCUCCACUCAAGACUACUGAUAUCGGCAAGCUUUCUCCUUUGGCCUCUGUGACCUUUGUACGACCUAGGCUCCGACAUGAGUGCCAGCUUUCCAUGACAGAGCAUCGGC